AUGGAACACGCUGGCAACACCUUAAUUUCUUGCAUGCCUUCGCAGAAAGAUUCUCUUGACACGCACCGAUGGAAGGGGACAUCCCCUAAGGCACCAAUGUCCUUGUCUCCUAUGACCCCCGGCCAUACUGCCUCCUCUCUCCUUCGACAAGAGGAUGUCAACAUGAAGACCCAAUUGGAGAACAUGUCCAUACAAGCAGCGUCGCAUCCAAUUUGUGCACCGGGAGACAUAUCAUAUAUGGUAACGCCCUCACUGCCUGUUCCAUGCCUGCUCCCCUCGUUCAUGCCACGGGCGACCUGUACUAGCGUUCCUACUUUACCGCCCACAAUCAUGUCUUCCACCAUAACUCCUACGUUUGGACCACUGCAGAUGUCGAACGCGCAAGGGAUGCCUGGUCCAAUCCCUCUUGACACAUCGCCUCUUUGUCCAUCGAUCACACCGGUGACACCUAUGAUGCAGCCUCCUUUCUCUGUGGGUCUCGUCUCGCCCUUUGACUUUGUGCACAUGGGGCCUGAAUCAACCUCUCUUAAACAUAGCGGUGCACCACCGGCCUCUUCUUUUAAACGCCGGCGUGGAAGACCGCGUAAAGAAUCUUUGCCUGAUCAUGAAGCCGCGAUCAAACGUGCGAUCAAAGCAGGAGAGCCAUUGCAGGAGGCAUUGCAAAUGACGAAGGGACCACCACUCAAGUCGCGUCUACGGCCGCCCAAGCAGCCGUUGACGUCCUGGCAAUUGUACUUUAUGGACGAAUUCGACAAGUUGAAAACUUGUUCCCAUCGUGAAUCUAUUAAUGUAGCGAAACUUUCAUCCGAAGCUGGCCAACGCUAUGCCAACUUGCCUGAUGACGUGAAGCAGGUCUACGUGCAGCGCGGUCAAGAAGCACGCGAAAAGUACGAAAAGGAUUUAGCAGCUUGGCACGCGCAAUUGACUCCUGAGGAUAUUCGAUUAGAAAACCAGUUUCGAGCCGCUCAGCGGCGCCUUGGCAAAUCACGACGUGGAAAUAUGCGAGAUCCUAACGCACCCAAGAGGCCGCCUCCUGCCUACUUUUUGUUUUUGCGUGCAGUUCGUACGAAUCCUGACAUGCGUAGCGAUGUCUUUCAUGAUGAGCGCGAUUCACUGAAGCAAAGUGCCUUGGCUUCUGCCAAAUGGCGCAGUAUGAGUCUCGAAGAGAAGCGACCUUUUUAUGAGCAGGCUGAAAGAGAGAAGGCAGAGUAUGUACGUCAGCGCCGAGAAUAUGAGGAAUCACAUAGCAAGUCUAAGGACGUCAUAUAG